UUUUGAGCGGUAUAUGUCCUAGGAAUGCGGAAGCGGGAUGUUUGCCAGAAAGAAGUCGGCCGAAGAAACCGGCCUAAACCAGCCUGUGCCGCGGGGGACCCCAGCGCGGACCCUUCACCCACUCUCUCCUCGCGACGAUCCUGACGCUCGCGGCCGGGGGCGGAGACUUGACAUGCUAAUGAGACACGCGGGGCAGGUAGGAGCCUGUGCCGCCCACUGCGCCUGCGCGCGGCUUCCCGGCUCGGCGCCCCUGCGAGCCGGGCGCCCCUUCUUUCCCGCCUCAGCCCCUCUGCAAAGCGCGGUCGCUCCGGGUGCGGCCGGGACUUCUGCUCCCGGUGGCAGCCCCCAAUAAACGCUGCGUGCAUCUUUCUUGGCCUCAUGUCAGUGUCUGUUUGCGCUGAGAGCCAACGAGCCCUGGGGUCGGAACGUAUUCCGGCCACCACGCAGGGACCCCAGGAGGGAGCCCCGGUGAGUCCCCGAGGAGCCGGAGCCGGCGGACGGCCGAUGGAGCCCCUCCGACCCUCGGGACUGAUGAGCGGCCUGGAGCUUUAGUUCGGCGUCUCGGCGGCGGCGGGAGUUCGGGCGACCGGACGCCCCCGGCGCCUGCUGCCCCGGGAAGGCUGGAGAUGGCGGUUUCCCCGAGCUCGGGCCUGCCCAGGGGUCUGCUCAUCCUCACGUUCUUCCAGCUGUGCCAGCCGGAUUCGGCCCACUUCGACGUGAUCGGGCCGGCGGAGCCCAUCGUGGCCGCGGUGGGUGACGACGUCGAGCUGCCCUGCCACCUGUCGCCGAACGUGAGCGCCGAGCGCAUGGAGCUGCGCUGGGUCCGCGGGAAGGUGGCGGCAGUGCUGGUGCGGCGGGACGGGCGCGAGCAGGCGGCCGAGCAGGCGGCCGAGUACCGCGGCAGAGCCACGCUCGUGGCCCGCGACAUCGCGGCGGGGCGCGUGGCCGUGAGGAUCCACCGGGUCAGGGCCUCGGACGACGGCGAGUACCGCUGCUUCUUCCGGCAGGACGGAAGCUACGAGGAGGCCGGCGUGCACCUGAAGGUGGCCGCUCUGGGCUCUGAUCCUCACAUCCAUAUGGAAGUUCGAGAAAAUGGAGAGGUCUGGCUGGAGUGUACCUCGGUAGGAUGGUACCCAGAGCCCCAGAUACAGUGGAGGACUUCUGAGGGAGAGAAGUUUCCAUCCACGUCAGAGUCUAGGAAUCCUGAUGAAGAAGGCCUGUUCACUGUGGCAGCUUCAGUGAUCAUCAGAGACCCCUUCAUGAAGAAUAUAUCCUGCUGUAUCCGGAACCUCCUUCUUGGCCAGCAGAAGGAAGUAGACAUCUCCAUACCAGCUUCCUUCUUCCCAAAGUUGACUCCCUGGAUGGUGGCGGUGGCUGUCAUCUUGAUGGUCCUAGGAGUUCUCACAAUUGGGUCCAUAGUUUGCACUUGGAAACUCUACAAGGAAAGAUCCAGACAGAGAAAGGAUGAAUUCAGCUCUAAGGAGAAACUCCUGGAAGAACUCAAGUGGAAAAAGGCGACAGUGCAUGCAGUUGAUGUGACUCUGGAUCCAGACACCGCCCACCCCCACCUCUUUUUGUAUGAGGAUUCCAAAUCUGUCCGACUGGAAGAUUCACGUCAGGAACUGCCUGAGAAACCAGAGAGAUUUGACUUCUGGCCUUGCGUGUUGGGUCGUGAGACCUUCACAGCAGGGCGACAUUUCUGGGAGGUGGAGGUAGGAGACAGGGCUGACUGGGUGGUCGGGGUGUGCAGGGAGAAUGUGGUGAAGAAAGGGUUUGACCCCAUGACUCCUGAGAAUGGGUUCUGGGCUGUGGAGUUGUAUGGGAAUGGGUACUGGGCCCUCACCCCACUGCGGACCCCUCUCCCCUUAGCAGGACCGCCCCGUCGGGUUGGGAUUUUCCUGGACUACGAAUCAGGAGAGGUCUCCUUCUACAAUAUGACUGAUGGGUCCCAUAUCUAUACUUUCUCCAACACCUCCUUCUCUGGCCCCCUCCGGCCUUUCUUCUGCCUGUGGUCCUGUGGUAAAAAGCCCCUGGCCAUCUGCCCAGUCACCGACGGGCCUGAGAGAGUCACAGUUGUUGCUGAUGCCAAGGACUUCACUAAGGAGAUCCCACUGUCCCCCAUGGGGGAGGACUCUGCCUCUGGGGAUACGGAUACCCUUCAUUCUAAGCUAAUCCCUACCCAGCCCAGCCAAAGGGCACCUUAAGGAAUGUCCCAGCCCAGCUGCUUUCCUUUGUCCUAAGCCCUCCCCUCCAUCCCCUCUGACAUACCAGCGGCCAGGUCCACCCAGCCCCUGUUUCCCCCUGUUGGGAACGAAUCAGUUGGUCUUGGGGAGGUGGGGUGCGGGGCCUUCCUCAUCGGCUUCUGUGCUGAUCCUCAGGGGGCAGGAGUUCACGCUGAAGCUGCUUCCAGCAGUCUCCUAUCCCUGGAGGCCAAAUCCUAUAGGGAGGGGCAGCUCAGUGAUCAAGAUGGGGUUAGGUUGGCAUGGGGUUAUGACAGAAACAUCUGGGUGUCCAGGAUAGGGAUGUGUCGAGGAACAGGUUUUAGGCAAGCAGGAAACCCAAAAGAUUCUGGGAAGAGAAGAUUCAAGGCUGAAAUUCCAUAAAGGAACUGGGGGGGACAUCAUGAGGGGAACCCAGGCCAAUGAUGAACACCUAGCCGGUUUCUAGACUUUCUGGGCCUGUAUGUCCAGCUUUCUAAGACAUGUCCUACAGAGUAGAGAAAACUGGCCCUACUUCUGCGGGAUCUGAGCCAUGGGUAUGGGGACCUGGGGAAGGGAUGAAAUGAGUGGGGCUGGGGGGCGAACCAAAGAUCUGAUCCAGGAGAAAACUUCAGACCAAACCCAGUCUGGGUGCCUGGCCGUGCCCCAGAUCCUGCUCUCCUCUCUGCCUUGACCUGUUUCCCCCUCACCCGGGGGUCCUUCCAACCUCACUCCGUGGACGCCACACAAGUUUCCAGCUCUCUUCUUCCUUUCACUGUAGAAUCUCUCCAUCCCAGAGGCUUUCCAGGAAUCCUCCUCAGUGACAUCACGGCUUUAUCCACCAGGGUCGGCCUCAGGGCCCCUCAGCCCUCCUCCCAACCUCUGGGUUAUACCCCCAAAGGCAUCUUCAGUUCGCUCCCCCCGCCGCCCAUGCGCACCCCCCACCAGGGUUCACUCGCCCCACCCCACGGGCUGCUUGUCCCCAGGCCCCAGAUGCCGCGUCCCUGUGUGAGCACAGCUAGCUGACCAUGUCGCCUUGUGUCUGCACUUCCCUGUAUACGGUGGCUCGGCAUGUCCCCGAACUGCGGGUUUAUCUGGGCUCACACCUUCCAUUUCCAUUGCGUUUUUCCCGUUUCCAGAGUAGAUGUCGCCCAUGGUCUUAACCUAAUAAAUAAGUCUGUUGAU